AUGUCAACACUCAACAGUUCGGACUCACAAAUGAAAGACAAGUUUGGCGCGAUGUGGCUGACACUCAGGAAACAAAUUGUAUGGUACCGAAUGCAGAGCAUCUCUCCCCUACUAGAACGAGGAACCCAUUCAGUCUCACCUCUUAAAGCGAUUGUUACUGAACUUGCAGACGGAUUCAAUAUCGUCGAGGGCUUCCUAAAAGGCAACAAGGAGUUCGAGGUGCUAGAGGGUGAACUGGAGAAGACAUUCGAGAUGCUCAGUCAGCACUGUGGCGAGGAUGGAUGCCCAGCUGUCAGUGCAACUGUAGAGAAGUUGUGUAGGGAUAUUGGUCAAGAGCUUCAGGAUGUGCGAAUAAAAUUGGGCAGGGAUCAAUUAGACCGAUUUAGGGAGGCCUCGAAGGAUCUAGAUGAUGUGCUGAGAUCCUACAAUCGUAUCCGUGAUCUGUUGCAACGGGUCUCGUUAAAUGUAAACAUGUCAUUAUGGAAGCUUGUGGAUGCAUCUGCUACGGAUAACCGACUAAAUCGCAUACAGCCUGCAAUGUCCGCUCACUAUAACUCGGCGCAAGCAAUCGAACUCAAACGGGGGCCCUGUGCUGAGGGUACUCGGGUCGACGUGCUCAAUCAAAUUCUCACCUGGGUCAUCUUCCAAGCCGGGAUCCAUAUAUUGGAUGAGCGGUAUGGCGGGAACUGCGUUGGCUUGCAGCCAGUUUCUUCUGUUCACGGGUGUUGCCGGAAUGUCGAGACAUCAAUCGGGUUAUCCCAUCGAUCGCUUAUCAACUGGCACGCUCGUCCCACCCCUUUCGUGGUGCUCGACGCGCUAGAUGAAUGCGAGAACAAGGAUGCUACGCGCCGUGUGCUUGACAUUAUCCUCAAGGAUUCUGAGAACCUGCCAAUCAAGUUCGUUGUGUGCAGUCGACCGGAGCCAGAAGUACGAGACAACAUGACAAAGCGAAAUGGCCGACAUAUAUCGCGAGUGGUGUUGCAUGAACUAGACAAACAGGCUGUGCGAGCAGAUAUCGAGACGUAUCUACGAUCUGCAUUGGCUCAGAUCUGUCCUAGCGAUGAUCAAAUCACGAAGCUGGCCGAGCGAGCAGGAAGCCUAUUCAUUUAUGCGGCGACAGCUGUGCGAUAUAUCGGAUACGAUAAUUUCCAGCGGAAUUCAAGCGCGCGAGUACAUGAAAUUGACGACCUAUAUACUACUGUGCUGAAGUCAGCUAUGACGACCCCGGGUUAA